GCAACUGUUUUAGAAGAAGACGGACCGUACACACUAUUUGCUCCAACAAAUGUAGCUUUUGCCUUGAUGAAGCCAGACUAUUUAGACUACCUAAAAUCUGAAGAGAGUAAAAUAAAACUACUUGAACUGAUGCCCAAUCACAUAGUGUCUACGACUCCGCUAAGCGCCUGUCAUUGUGUCAAACCCUCGUGCUGUGACCAUGGCUGAACAGGUCCUGACAUUUAAUGUGACUACUGCUGUGUGUAUGCAAACCUGGUUUUCAAGGAGAUGGAUAUUGUGCAUGGAAAGUGAUCCCUACUCUUUACCUCAUCGUGGAGGCUUCAGCAAAAAUGCCAUAUGCAUAAAGACUGGUCCCGGGACACACAUGUGCACGUGUCUGAGUGGAUGGAGGGAGGAUGGAGACGAGUGCCAGGCCAUUAAUAACUGUUUGGAUCCAUCCAGAGGAGGGUGUCACCCUAAUGCCACCUGCAUCUACGUGGGCCCAGGACAGACUGAGUGUGCUUGCAGAAGUGGUUACCACGGCAACGGGAGGGAGUGUGAACCUGUCAAUCAGUGUGUGGAGCAGAAGGGUGGAUGCCAUUUCCUGGCCACCUGCCAAUUCCUGAACCCAGAUGGAUGGCAUUGUGUGUGUGAAGAUGGCUAUGCUGGUGAUGGGAAAAUUUGUUAUGGUACUUUUGGUACAGGAGGUGUCGACCAUCCCAGAUCUUCUAGGAUUUAACCAGUGGAUCUCCAUGAGCAGAAAGAGAAGAUGCAUGUACACCCGGGUGUUGCAUGGAGACACGUUGCUGACCAUUGGAU